AUGGAUUCCAAAUAUGUGGGUGUUGUUGAGAAUGCAGAUGAAGAUCUAGGAAGAUCUGAAAUACUAUUGAAUGCAAUGAAGAAGGGAAAGGGUAUUGUAGGCAAUGAGAGAAGUGAUGAAGAAUCAGCUUGGUCUGAAUGCCCUGAUCAUAUGCUUGAGAUGAUGUUUUCGAGCCUACCGAUCGAGUUUAGUUCUCGAUUUCGCAUUGUGUGCAAGGAAUGGAAUAGUCUCCUAUCCUCCAAUAAAUUUCUGUCUUUAAUUGCAGAGACAGAUCGAUGGAUUCUCCUCUGCAAUGAAACGCAUGCCCUGGCCUACUCUUUUCUCACGCAGUCGUGGAAGACUAUUUCCCUUCGUUUUUUGCCAAGCGGAACAUCUCAAAGUAUCUCACAAGGCCAAUCAGCAUUUUGCAGUUCAGGUGCAGGCCUACUGCUAAUGGAAAUCGCAAAGCCUGUGAAAAAAUAUAUUAUCUGUAAUCCACUUACAAGAACAUACAGAUAUCUUCCCGCUGUCAUAGAAGAGAAUGUAAAUGCAGCGGCAAUAGUGGACAACGGAGAGUCCUACAAAAUCCUGGGUCUGUCGAAAAAGGAAAACCCCAUGUGCAUACAAAUUUACCGUUGCUUUGAAAAGUCAUGGCAGAUUGAAGUUGAGUUGCCUCUGCCCAAAGAGGAUUUUCAUGUUAAUAGUAUUUGGUGUGCCAAGGGUUUUCUCAUCUAUAGUUCACACGAUUGCGAAUUUGUGGUUUGGAACAUGGAUGAUAAUUCCACACAACUAGUGACCUUUCCAAAGGCGAAUCUAUCAAUUUUUGGGGAUAAGAUAGAUUCAUGGGGCUGUACUGUGGUUGUAUGUGGGUCGUCCUUCCUGCUUGUAGUAACAUAUCUAGAGUUAGAUCCAGAGAGAAAAAUAGUGAACUCACACAUGAUUGUAUGGGAAUUGAAAUGGGAAAAGGAGGAUAGGUCAAUAUGGAAAUGGAAGGAGAUCACAAGAAUGCCUCUUGAUAUGUGUUGUCAAUUUACGAAAUUGCUUUCUUCUUCAACUGGAUUGAGUCCUUUUUCAGAUCCUAUCUGUCCUUUUUCAGAUCCCAUCACUAUAGGGGCUGGGAAUUUUCUGUCUCAUACGUGGCGUUGA